GCAGGCAGCGGAGCCGCCUUCGCCGUGCAGAAGCUGGUGAACAAGAAGCUGCCGUACAGCCUGCAGUGGAGCCUGCUGCUGGCCGGGGCCACAGGGUCCCUCGCCAGCUAUGUGGUAACCAGAGCUGAGACACAGAAAUGUUCUGACUUCUGGAUUUACCUGGAGACAGGCAAGUCCCCACAGGAGCUCGCCAUGGCUGAAAAUCUGCCCAGCCCAGAGGACAACGAGAGUGCGGCACCACCAGUGAGGAGGAACAAGUACGGGGAUGUUGUGGAGUAG